UUUUGUUGGUAUAGGCCUAUAUAGGCGGAAGGCCUACUAUCAUGUAUUCAUUCCUGUUGGAAAUUUGAAACAUGGACAUUGGUAGAGGAACACAUUUCUCUUUUCUUGACCCAACCCCGACAUAGUUUUGUGGGUGAAAUUUUUGUAUUCCCAAGUAAGAAAGAAAGAAGCCUGGAGUAACCUGGUCCAGAAUGAAGCAUCUCACUGAAAUAUGGAGAUGCUAUUUUGUCGAAAACCGCUUUUGACUGCCGAGGGUGUGUGAUGGAGCCGAAGAAGGACGAGGUUCAAGGUCACAAUGAAGGUCAUGCUGUUGAGGAGGCUGAAGAAAUUGUUGACUCCAUUCCGUAUGAUACGGGUUGGGCAUGGAUGAUUGUUCUCGGUAGCUUCUUGAUGCACACUAUUCUGGUUGGCUACCUCAAGACUUUCGGAAUCUUGUUUGUAGAGAUCCAGGAAUUGCUUCAACUCACUUCCUCCAUGACGGCCUGGAUAGCGGGCAUAAUGCAACUCGUCCUCAACUUCAUCUCGCCCCUAGCCAACAUCUUGAGUGACCAUUUCAGCAGCCGGGUGACUGUGAUGAUAGGGGGCCUCCUCCAGGCAGUGGCACUUCUGCUCAGUGCCUUCGCCUAUGACCUCGGCUUCUUGAUUGCCACAGCAGGAGUCAUAUUCGGUGUUGGUGCCUCCCUCACCUAUGGACCAACCAUCAUCAUGGUGGGAUAUUACUUCAAGGGCCGUCUAGCCCUGGCCAACUCAAUCUCUCUGGCUGGGAGCAGCGCAGGGCAGUUCAUUCUCCCUCCACUGGUAACACUGCUAAUCGACCAUUACUCUAUACGUGGUGCUCUGAUAUUUCUUGCGGGAAUUAUGUUCAAUAUCACGCUAGCUGGUGCUUUAUUACGUCCGACAAGUUACUACAAAAAACGGAAGCGAAAUUUGAAAGUGACUGUGGAGUCUGAGACUGAUUCUUGUGAGAAGCCUAUGUUAGAUGGAAAAUACUUGGAGGGUGGAACAGAAUUGAAACACGAUGUCUCAGAUGUGCGUUUGUGUCCAAGAGGAGUAACUAAGUCAAUCGAUCGUACCCCAGAAUUGAAAACAAAACAUUCCGCAACAUCAAAUGGUAACCACUGUGUGACUUCUGCUCCCAAUAUUUACAAGGAGUAUAUCAUCAACGAUGAGGGGAUAUAUUCGUCUUUGAAAAAACUUCCAGAUAAACCAGAUUUGUUCCUUAGUAAGAAUAAGAGUUUACGCCACCUGGCACCACAGUACGAGACGUUUAUCUAUGCCAGUAAUGGUGAUCUUUUCACCUCGACGCAGAACGUUACAAUCACUGACCACCAGGUGGCAGCAUCAUCUCAGCAUUCUGAUCAAACAUUUCAAGACGGUCAUUCCAAAAGAUCGAAAUGCUGCAGUGCUGAUAUCUGGAAAAAGUGUCUCACCGGAUUCAUAGAUUUCAAACUUUUGAAAAACCCAGUAUUCCUCUUAUUUGCAUUAAGUUGUACUUGUUCGAAUUUUGCCUACAUAGGGCAGUAUCGUUACGUACCCGCCCGGGCAAAGGAUUUGAAUAUAUCGGAUAGUCAACGAGCAUUACUGUUAUCAGCGACUGGUAUAACAGAUCUCAUCGCACGAAUCGCAAUGGGUUGUAUUGCAGAUAUUGCGCUGGUCCAAAAAUAUAUCGGAAGGUAUCGUCUGUUAGCAAUAUCCAUGCUGUUAGUUGGGAUCAAUAGUCUCCUCUGUCCAUUGACACAGACAUUUACAGAGUUUCUCAUCUAUAGUAUGUUCUUUGGGAUCUUUGGUGGCUUCUACAUGACGAUGGUAUGUGUGUCUCUCGUUGAUCUCCUUGGACGUGAACAUCUCUCGAGAGCGUGGGGAAUCAUGUUGUUGCUGUAUGGCCUCAUGAGCCUGGGGGAGCCGCUGAUAUUAGGUAAAUUACGUGAUGUGACUGGUAGCUACGACAUGUCCUUCCGAACGUGCGGAGGUUUCUUCAUCUUGGCCUCCAUAUUGAUAUUCUGCGAACGAAUCCCGCUCGCAUACCAAAUGCGACGCCAGAAAGAGACCAAGGAGAGAUCUGGAGAGGAAGGUGUCCAUCUGAGAGCGGACACUCCAACUCAACCCUGUCAUCAGGGUGAAUCAGAUCAUAAAAAUGGGACUGUUCAGAAUGGGAUUGAUUGAUUGAACCAGUUCGGUGCCCUUGAAUAGAGUGGGUAUUCUUGUAUUUCUCUAUAAUGGCUUAUUUUCACAUGGGUUGUAUUUCGGCGAGGGUGCUGUACUCAAUGAUCUCCAAAAUAAACCAGGAAACAGGGUUUGCUACAUUUAUAACAUUUCCAAAACAUAUUACAUUUUCUCAGGCAGUGAAAAGGAACCUUUUAAUUUCUUAUCGAUAAGUCCGGUGUAAAUCAGUGAGCUAGACUCGGGCUGAUGACAUGGGGACAAAGGGCCUGGAAUAAUAUGUCUGACUUGAUGAUGCAUCCAUUCUUCGAUACCGACUGAGGGUAGGAAGUUCACUGAAAUAUUAGAUGAGUAGAUUUAAUGUAGAAUGUACACUUAGUUUCUAUCCAUUUUUGUUAGAAAAUACCAUGCUGACGCCAGUUAGCUGGUCGACGCGCGUCUGUUACACAUAGGGACCAAAAUACAAUACCGAGCCUUGAAUAUUUUUGCUAUUACAUGUAAGAUGGGCCUUUUGUAAAGGUGCCCGUCAACUGGAUAAAUAGCACAUGUUACAGUAUGUUACAUUAUAAUUUUAAACUCUACAUUUGAUUGCUUGGCAGAUUUUAGUGCUGACCAUUUUGAAAAGCCUUAUGCAUUAUAUUUGUUUACACUAACUUACCUGUUGCCUCUUCCAUUUCUCUGAUCUAUCAGGUAAUGUCUGUGAUGUGUACAAUAACUUGAUAGUUAUAUUGUGAUAAUUACAAUGUGCUGAUACAUAUUGGUAAAUGUUUAUUUAUA